AUGCCGAGAGUUUUUGGUUUCAUCAAAGACCAGCGCACCAACCUGCCGGUACCCAAGCCUCCGACCAAUAUCGCAGAUGCGACCUACAUCGUGACCGGUGCCAACUCAGGUUUUGGACUCGAAUGUACCAAGCACCUUUUUCGCAUGGACGCCAAGCGCGUAAUAAUGGCAGCAAGAUCCCGCUGCAAAGGCGAAGCUGCCUUGACGGCAAUCCGGCGCGAGACCAGCCGCCCGAAUGUCGGCGAAGUCUGGGAACUGGACCUCACAUCCCCCGACUCAGUUGAGGCCUUCGCCAAGCGGGUCAGAACACUCGACAGGCUCGAUGCUCUGAUUGCAAAUGCAGGAGUUGUGAUGGCGAACUUUCAGAUGGCUGAGGGCAUUGAGAUGUCCCUUCUGGUUAAUGUUGUUUCUACGAUGCUGCUAGCCUUUCGCACGCUGCCCAAGCUUCAGGAGUCCGCACGCAAGUUCGGAGUCCAAACACACAAUACGAUUGUCACGAGCAACAGUGCCCUUGAAUCUGAGAUGGAACAUAACAUAGACUCGCUCCAGGGCGAUGUAUUUGAUGGACUUAGCAAGGAAAAGAGCUUCAAGACAAUGGUUCAAUACCCCAACACGAAGCUCCUAGAGAUACUCGCAGUUCGUCAGCUGGCUUCACUUCUUCCCGUAUCCGAGUUUGGCGUUAUCGUCAACGCUGUGAAUCCCGGCUUUUGCUACUCAGAACUGGACCGAAAUGUUGGCACCAUGGCCAAGGUGGGGAUAACUGUGAUGAGAGUAUUGCUGGCAAGAACAGCAGAGGAGGGUAGCCGGAACCUUCUGCAAGCUGCUUUCGCCGGUCCCGAGAGUCAUGGUGCGUAUUGUUCGGAAUGCCAAGUGAAAGAACGUGAUGUUCCAGCAUGGAUAACAAACGAUGUCGGCAAGACUACACAGAAGCGUGUUUGGCUCGAUCUGCUUAAGAGGCUUGACACGAUCGGUCAUAGUAUUGACAUCAAAGCCCUCACAACAAAGUAA